AUGACAUCCACCCAAUGGGGCAGCAAGACUGUGUGCGUUCGGAUCAAUCCUAUGGAUACGCCACUUUGGGAAGCGGAUGUUACCUCCACGCUGAAGCUGGAAAAGCCUGAUAUGCUCGUGGUGCCCAAAGUCUCCAGUCCGGCGGACCUUGACAAGCUCGCUGCCAAACUGGCC